AUGGCCCGAUGGUGCUUCACAACUGUCAAAGGGGAGUGGCGGUUAGAAGUGGGUACGGGGUUGGCCUUGGCUUCGGGUCAAAUGAUGUUCGCUUCUUUGAUGAGAUAUUUGCUCGAGGACGAUGGAAUCUUCAGGGGAAGGUGGCUUAGACGAGGCAAUAUCAGCACAUGUGUCCAGGAAACUGUUACGGUGCUGACAUCGUACAAUUAG